GCCCCUGGUAAAGAUGGAAUCCAGAACCGCCUCCUUCGCAACCUCGAUCCUGACUCUCUCGAAGACCUCACCACGUACUUCAACCAGAUCUGGGAAACCCACAAACUCCCGGAAGACUGGAAACAUGCUGAGAUUGUUCUAAUCCCAAAGCCCGGCAAACCACCCAGCCUGAACAACCUACGGCCUAUCUCCCUUACAUCAUGUCUCGGGAAACUGUUCGAGCACGUUGUGCUUAACCGUCUACAGCCCUUCCUCGAAGACACAGAAGCCUUCCCACACACCAUGUUUGGAUUCAGAGCCCACCUGUCCGCUCAAGACGUGCUUCUACAACUCAAAGAAGACCUCAUAGAUAAUAUAUCCUCCUGCAGCACCCAAGCUCUCCUCGCUCUAGACAUUAAAGGAGCUUUCGAUAACGUCAGCCACACCCUAAUUCUUCAGAACUUAGCCUCCACAGACUGCGGAGAGAAGACUUACAACUACAUAUGUAACUUCCUUCGGAACCGCACAGCGACCAUUGGCAUAGAUUCCAUCCGAACGGACCCUCUACCCGUCCCCAACAAGGGCACCCCACAGGGCUCCGUUCUCUCCCCCACACUUUUCAAUCUGGCCAUGCGCAAGCUGCCCGAACAGUUGGAGGAAAUCCCGCACAUCAGACACACCCUAUACGCAGACGAUCUCACCAUUUGGACCACCUCGGGGUCGGAGGGCUCCAAACAAGACGCACUACAAACCGCGGUAGACACCGUCCAACGAUACCUUACUUCGGGCAACUUGCAAUGCUCGGCCGAGAAAUCAGAGCUACUCCUCCUGCAUCGCCGAAACAAGCGGCACCCCGACCAGAAUAGCAAUAUCGAACUCUACCUCGAUGGCAGCAUCCCCAUCCCGACGGUGCCAAGGCUCCGGGUACUUGGCCUCCAUCUGCAGGCAGACGGUAGGGCAAACUACACCAUACAAACCCUCCAAAAAACAGUCACCCAAAUCAUGCGCAUGGUGGGACGCAUCACAAACCGCAAACACGGGCUCAAGGAGACCGACGUGAUCCAGCUCACCCAGGCUCUCAUCACCAGCCGCAUCACCUAUUCCAUCCCAUACCUCAACUUAAACCAGGGUGAGAAGAACAGAAUAAAUAUCCUUAUCCGCAAAGCCUUCAAGAUUGCUCUGGGCCUGCCACUUUACGCCGCCACAGAUAAGCUCCUAGCCAUGGGCGUACAUAACACCCUUCAAGAGCUCAUACAAGCACACCUAGCCAGCCAGCAAGAACGGCUGGCCCUCACCCCCACCGGCCGCACAGUCCUCCAUAAAUUACACUUCCCGAUACCCAGCUCGGUGCGGAACACGGUUCGCCUACCAACGGCCAUACGAGACCACAUUCAAGUGGCCCCGAUCCCCAAGAACAUGCAUCCCAUCCUUCACUCCGGCCGCCGCAUUGCCCGAGCUCGGGCCCUCCAACACAAAUAUAGCAGCAAGGCAGACACCCGUUUUACUGACGCUGCCAUGUACUCGGAUCAACCAGCGGCCGCAGUCAGCGUGAUAGACCACGAUCUAAAGACGGUAGUUACGGCCUCCAUCCGCACUAUCAAUCCAGUGGAGGCAGAAGAAACGGCCAUCGCCCUGGCAAUCGCCUCCGGCAAGGAAUACCUCAAUAUCCUCUCCGAUUCCCAAACCGCCCUGCGACGAUUCCGAGCGGGCAGGAUCUCACCAUGCGCUCUGCGCAUCUUAACAGACAUCAAAACCCCGCUUCCAGAAACGACGCUCAUCUGGACUCCUGGCCAUGAAUCUGUAGAUGGAAAUCGGCAAGCCCAUGCCGUAGCCCGAGCCUGUACACACCGGGUGCCACAAACAGAGGACCACAACACAAUUCUCAAAUUUAUUCCCGUACCCAACCAAUACUCUGAAAUCCUAAUUCAUCAACGAGGCGAGAGAUUUAGAUACCCCCCUCCACAUCGGAGCCUAACGCGGGAAGAGGCCGUGAUCUGGCGCCAACUCCAAUCCCACACCUACAGACACCUCGCCCUCCUCCACAAGUUUUAUCCCACUAUG